GGUGGACCCGAGACGCCUCCUCGCUCCUUCCCUAAUUAAUUUCGUUCGUCAGCCGGCGUCGCCGCUCGCUCGAUCUGGAGUGAUCGCCGAAAAGGCGAAUCGAGAGGAGGCGGCCAAGGACGGGGAGCAUGGAGGUGCAGUGGGCGCUGGUGGUUCACGGAGUGGUGACGACGCUGGUGGUGGUCUCGUUCCUCUGCGGACACUGGCCCAUCUUCCGCGGCACCUUCGUCGAGAAAAUUAACUACUUCCUAACUUUCGGCGCUUAUGACUACUUCCUGCGGUUUGUGGUAGCUGUAUUUGGCUCUAAGGGCAAAAAUUGUGUUCUUGCAGUUGAGCAUUAUUGUUGCGAUCGGCCAAAUCCUGUUUUACAAUGCUAUCUGCAGAUAUUCUAUCUUUCUAUUGUUUGUGUGACAUACUUCAUGUUUGGAAGAUCAUCCUUCAGAUAUAUUCCUGGUUACUAUGUCAGUGAACUGCACUGGUACAUGGGCAUUGUUGCUGUAGGUGUUGGAGUUAUUCUUUUUAUCUUGACUAGCUUUUCAGAUCCAGGAACUGUGACAGCUGAUAAUGUUUCCAAAUAUGUCUCUGUAUAUCCAUAUGAUAAUAUAAUAUACGAGGAGAAACAAUGUGGGACUUGCAGGAUCCAAAAACCUGCUAGAUCUAAGCAUUGUAGUGUAUGCAAUAGGUGUGUUGCCCGAUUUGAUCACCAUUGCGGUUGGAUGAAUAAUUGCAUUGGGGAGAAAAACACCCGCUACUUCAUGGCCUUCCUUCUCUGGCACUUCAUUAUUUGUAUAUACGGCGCAUUUGUCCUCGUGUUAAUUCUUGCUGGUCAACUGAAAGAACACGAGAUAAUAUACAUUUUAACUGUUUAUUAUGGCGUUGAACAUUCCAUUUCUAGCUUAUUUCCACAUCUAGUGCAGUGGUUGCUCGGUUCGUAUAAUACCCAAAUACUUCUGAUUGUAUUCCUGAUAAUACUUUCAUUGCUGCUGGCUGGAUUCUUUGGCUACCACGCACAUCUCUGCCUGACUAACACCACAACAAACGAGACUUUCAAGUGGGAAGACUACAUAAGCUGGAAGAGGAAACUAAAUGAAGCUAAAGCUAGUGUUGCGGCGCUGAAGGACAGUAUACAGGCAGUCAGCGGAGAUGCAAAACCUCGUGAAAGCAAAUGGAGGGCUUUUUUACGUAAGUCCCCAUUGCAGCAGGAGGAAUUGGUUGUUAAGAAUAACUUGUAUGAUCAAGGUAGAAUUGGUAAUAUCUGUGAGAUAAUAUUCCCUUUGUCCGAGAGGAAGUCAUUUCUUUUGAAAUCAGAAUAGAACUAACAUUAGUAUUGUGUGAAGUUCGAAAAAGUUCUAAAGCCAAAAGAGACAAGGAAGGGAUGGAGAGAUUCAAUUAUGAUCUUGUCUUUCUGCUCAUUCUGAGAGCCACAAUCUAGAAAGAGUAAUUCUUUAGCGUGUUGGCAGCAACGACAGAUGGUCCGAGGUGUUUAUAAUUCAUCUCGAAGCAAAAUGUUCGUCCAUGUUGAAAGUGAAUACCCCUUCAAAUGUUUUGUAAUUUGGAAGCUUCAUGUAUCGGGUGUUAUUUUCUAGAAGCAGUUCUGAA